AUGCUUCGCUUGGGCUGUGCCAAGCCUGGGUCCUGGGCCAGCUUCUGGGCCGUCUUGACCUUGGUGGGUCUGGCCACUCGAGCCGCUCAGAGAGCCGAUGUUGGUGGCGAGUCCACGGGCACCUCCAUCAACCACUCCCAGACGCUGCUCCAACGCUUGCAGGAGCUGCUGCGGCAGGGCAAUGCCAGCGACGUGGUUCUGCGGGUGCAGGCCGCGGGGACGGACGAGGUCCGCGUGUUCCACACGCACCGCCUGCUGCUGGGCCUACACAGUGAGCUCUUCCGGGAGCUGCUGAGUAACCAGAGUGAGGUGGUGCUUCAGGAGCCCCGGGACUGCGCUGCUGUCUUCGACAAGUUCAUCAGGUACCUGUACUGCGGUGAGCUGACCGUGCUGCUGGCCCAGGCCAUCCCCCUGCACCGGCUGGCCACCAAGUACGGCGUGGCCUCCCUGCAGCGCGGCGUGGCCGACUACAUGCGGGCGCACCUGGCGGGCGGCGCGGGCCCUGCGGUCGGCUGGUACCACUAUGCGGUGAGCACCGGGGACGAGGCCCUGCGCCAGAGCUGCCUGCAGUUCCUGGCCUGGAAUCUGUCGGCCGUGGCGGCGAGCGCCGAGUGGGGCACAGUGAGCCCCGAGCUGCUGGCGCAGCUGCUGCCCCGCUCGGACCUGGUGCUGCAGGACGAGCUGGAGCUGUUCCACGCGCUCGAGGCGUGGCUGGGCCGCACCCGCCCUGCCCCGGCUGUGGCCGAGCGCGCGCUGCGGGCCAUCCGCUACCCCAUGAUCCCGCCGGCCCAGCUGUUCCAGCUGCAGGCGCGCUCGGCCGCCCUGGCGCGCCACGGCCCCGCGGUGGCCGACCUGCUGCUGCAGGCCUACCAGUUCCACGCCGCCUCGCCGCUGCACUUCGCCAAGUUCUUCGACGUCAACGGCAGCGCCUUCCUGCCCCGCAACUACCUCGCGCCCGCCUGGGGCGCCCCGUGGGUCAUCAGCAACCCGGCCCGUGACGACCGCAGCACCAGCUUCCAGACACAGCUGGGCCCCAGCGGCCACGACGCGGGCCGCCGGGUCACCUGGAAUGUGCUCUUCUCCCCGCGCUGGCUGCCCGUCAGCCUGCGGCCCGUCUACGCGGAUGCCGCGGGCACCGCGCUGCCCCCCGCGCGCCCCGAGGAUGGCCGGCCGCGCCUGGUGGUCACCCCGGCCAGCAGCGGUGGCGACGCAGCCGGCGUGAGCUUCCAGAAGACGGUGCUGGUCGGGGCGCGCCAGCACGGCCGCCUGCUGGUGCGUCACGCCUACAGCUUCCACCAGAGCAGCGAGGAGGCCGGCGACUUCCUGGCGCACGCGGACCUGCAGCGCCGCAACUCCGAGUACCUGGUGGAGAACGCCCUGCACCUCCACCUCAUCGUCAAGCCCGUCUACCACACCCUCAUCCGGACCCCCAAGUAGCCAGGCGGGCCGCGGCGGGGAGGGGUGUGCACCAUCCGGAGUGCUCACGCCGGUCCCCUGGGUGGCCCGGUGCUGGUGGCCUCGGAGCUGGGGUGCAGGGUGGUGCAGCAGGUGCCC